CGGCAGACAUUUGGCCGAGGAGACACACCCUCGCCUAGGCCUAGGGCCCCCAAGCUCUGUUGGGCUCCGGAACGCGCUUAACCUCGUUUAGAGCAUCGCAUACGAAAAAUGUCGAUUGUGGCCGAUCAGGUACGCCGUCUGAGUGAGCGCUUAGACGAAGUUUCUUUGGCUGAGCUGGGACUCCGGGAUGGGCACCAAGGAGUUCACCCCUCGGCCGCAGAGGACGCCACGGUGCUGUCGUCUCCCCGCGUCCAAGAGCUCCUCCGCAUAGUCAAGAACCUAUCAUCCGGGUCGGCCUCGGGCCAGCCGUUGCAGUCAGCCCGGAUUCAGAGGCUUCUCAUGCAGUCGGGCCUUCUGACUGAAGACGAUACCUCAGCGAUGUAUCCGCCCGUCGUCAAAACCAAGACUGACUACGAAAGUGAUAUUGAAUGGCUCCUAGUAGGCAAAGCCACGGUGCAGACGUUCGGCCUGGUCAUGAGCACUCUCUUGGACGAUAUUAUCCCCUUGGGAAACGACAUCUGGUAUUGGGACGAAAUUCUGGGCUCGUAUUCGGACAGCGUUCUUUACACAGUCCAGACAUCGCCGUUGCGCAUGUGGUGGUGGAGCAAGGAGAUUUACUACGAUAGCUUAUCACGGUUUCAGAGUCUAAACCGCGCCAUGCCUCCUAACGAGAUCGUUCAUGACGACGACGAAUUCUUUCGCUCGCCCGUUCCUGGCGAACUGAUUACUCACGCGCACACUUUUGGCACCAAACACCACACUGAUAGCGAUAACGCCGAUGAAGUUUCGGGCGCUGGAGAAACUGACGGUGCUGGUGACGAGGGACCAGACCUGGAGGUCGACCUGUCGCUCACCUUAUCUAGGCAAUGGCGUCAGUUUUAUUCCAUCGUCAGGACCAGCAUUGCAGAGAGGUCCAUAACAGACCUGCGACGCAGGUUGUUUUCACGCGUCGACGUGUGCCGCGCCGAGGCUCAAGAGAAGCGGCAGCAACUAUGCCAGCUCCGAGAAAUGAGCGCGGCCGGGCUCGGAAUUCUGAUGGGCGAGGGUCUCCGAUUUGGCCAGCCACACGCUUUGAGAGACGAAAACGAAUGGAAAAGCGUCCUGGAACAGAGUGUUGUCCUAAUGGACAUGAUUCUCAAAAACACCCUGUCUCUCGAAUCUAAUCUCCAGGAGUUUGAGGAAAAGAUCUUCAAUAGUGUGAAGGAGGAUCCGGGACUAAUAAUGCAGGCAUACAACACGGUCGAGGCCGAGGCCGAAAGACCGGCUGUUCUUGCCCGACGAAUCUUUUAUUUACUCCAGCAAGGCAUCCCUGGCCACCUUUGGAGCAUGAACCAACUUGCGCGUCACAAUGGCCGACCAUCGCGGCUGGUCAGAUAUUGGCCGGCGGCAGUGGCUUUGAUCGUCUCAUCUUCGACGAUCCUGCGCAUUCUGAUCAACCGGCAAGACGACAUCGUGAACUGGAUUCGCGGGCUAGGUGCUACGACGCGCGACUUUUGGUUCAACUGGGUCGUCGAGCCGGUGCGCAAAAUCAUUGGCACCAUCCGUCACGACACCAAUAGCGAGAUUGCCAUCAUGAGCCGGGACAGUCUGAAGGCAGACCGGGAGAGUCUGGAGCGGAUGGUAGUGGACUUUGCGUGCGACAACCCCAACGUGGCUGUCGGGGCCUCGUCGAUCACAGACAGCCAGAUUACCGAGAUUCGGUCCAAGGUCAAAGAGGGAGACGUGACGCCAGUGCUCAGGGCCUACGAGAAGGACAUGAAGCAGCCGUUUGUAGGCGCGAUAAAGGGGGACCUCGUACGGUCACUGCUUAUCCAGGUGCAAAAGACAAAGGUCGACCUCGAAGUGGCCAUCAGUGGGAUCGAUGCCUUACUCAAGAGCCAGGAGUUGGUCUUUGGCUUUGUGGGGCUAACUCCUGGAAUAUUUGUGACGAUUGGCGUCGUCCAAUAUUUGCGGACCAUUUUCGGGGGCCGAAAGAGCGUCCGUAAGAGCCGCAAGGCGCGAAGCAGUGUGAGAGUGCUGCGGAAUAUCGACCGAAUUUUUUCGGCAUCAACAGUUGGGCAACUCACGGGUGACAGCCUGAUCUCGUACAAGGACCACGGUCUGCUGCUCUGCGAAAUCCACGCGCUGCGCAAGUUGGCUCACGAUGUGCUUCCGAGAGAUAUGCGAAAGGAGUUCAUCGAGGAUCUCGACGAGCUAGGCAAUCUAAGCAAAGGGACGAAGAUGCAGAUGAGGGUGUUAGACAGGAUCCACUGGGCCUAUGCCGAGUGGUUGGUUAAGAUGAGGUAGCGAGAGACAGCGUGGUGUUCUUUUAAUCAAAGCAGCGUACAUACUAGAUUAGAGCCAGCAGAGCAUUGUUGCAAAACCAG